AAAUUGGAGAACUGGAGACAGGUUACUCGAGCUUAUCAGGCAGUACAGCAUCAGCAGGCCCCUCCCUGUCCGGUCUCGGACGUGCCGUCCAAAGAAGCACUUCGUCUUCGUCAAAGUUCACAAAUGCUCGUCAAGCACAGUAGCAAGCGUCCUAAGAAAAUAUGCCCUGGAAAACAACUUAACGAUGGCACUGCCCGCCUCGAAAUCACGGUCAGAUAUUGGGUGGCCUGCUGUGGUUCUGCCAAAGCACAUCUACCGCUACGAAGACCUGAAUGAGGGCGGCGUACCUCUUGAAACCUCUUUCUUCCACCAACGCUUUAACCUCACGACUUGGAGAAACGUAAUGCCACGAGACACAAUAUAUUUAGCAGUGAUGAGGGAACCCCUUUACCAGCUCCGAUCACUUAUUGAAUUCGUACCUCGUCUGAGGAAUCAUAUCAAGGGAUCCACUGAGGAAAAGAUAUAUAAUUUCUUUGCCGAUCCAAAGGCCCACCACAGGCGAGAUCCGCCCGUAUUUUCAUGGACAAAGAGUUCUGUAUAUUCAUGGACAAAGAGUUUCAUGGCCUACACCCUCGGUUUUCCCCAAAACGCACCAAUGGAAGUCGCCGAAAGCCACCUCCACGAUAUUGAUGGCGUUUUUGACCUGGUCCUUUUGACGGAAUACUUGUUCGAGUCAAUGGUGCUGCUUCGGCGACGGAUGUGCUGGGCGAUGCGUGAUGUUGUGUUCAUACGCCUGAACAGCAGGUUUACAGAAACAAUACAAUAUCCCGAGGAAUUACAUAACAAAUCUCGGGCUUGGAACAAAGUUGACCAUUUAUAUUAUGACCACUUUAAACAAAGACUUUUACGAGAGAUUUCGUAUGAGGAACAUUUUCAAGAAGAAUUGCAACGUUUUAAAGAAGUGAAUGAUAUCAUCAACAUAUUUUGCAGUGAAGUUACGAGGACUAGGUUCAUGGACGACACUGUUGUGCCGAAGUCUGACUGGAAUGAAGAAUUCAGAUUUACAAGACGCGAUUGUGACACUUUGGCAACGGGGAAUGCAAAAGUAGUCAGCAAGCUUAAGAAACAAUUAGAUGGUAUCAUUGAUGGGGACAUGGCUCGGUUAGUGAGCUGAUCCUUGGAUCUGCUUCUGACCAGCUAGAGAGUCAUUGAAAAGACUGUUUUGGUGUUCGUUGGCGGGUAAUUACCGCGAUGUCCACAGCAUUUUGUGGGGUACGGGGUACAGGGGAAAUCUGUUGAUGACAUCUUUAGAUAGUUGUCUGAUAUACAUCUAUUAGGCGUCUGAUAUACAUCUAUUAGGCGUCUGAUAUACAUCUAUUAGGCAUCUGAUAUACAUCUAUUAGGCGUCUGAUAUACAUCUAUUAGGUGUCUGAUACACAUCUAUUAGGCGUCUGUUUGACAUCAACCAAUUGAUUUCUAAUAGACAUCAACCUGUUGGUGUGUACUAUUUUGUCUAAUAGUGAUGUCUAUUUUUAUGGUUGUUGUCUAUUGGAUGUCAACCAGUUGAUAUCUGUCGGACAUCUCGUUGGAUAGAUGUCUA